AAAAAAUAGUAGGUCUGUUUAGGCCUAUCUUUUGCUUUGCAUUUUAUUUCUUUAAAUAAAAUGCAAGAAAACACUUUCACAAUUGUAAACAUUUUAGCCGAUUUGGAUUGGUUCAUUAAAUGACACAUUUUUCAAAGAGAUCUUUUGCAAGCCAUUCUUUGGAUCUCCCUGAUUUUGGCGCGGCUGGUUACAUUUGUUUGAAACCCAACACCCAACAUCAGACACACAGAGUACUUGUAGGUACAGGAGGCUGAACGUGAAAGUGUCUGUUGGUCUUUUGCUCUCACACUCAGAGGCUUUGACACUUCUGCUCAGAGCCUGUGUACUGGGCUUGACUUUUUCCUUUUUCUCUCUUUUUCCCCCUCUCUUUUUGUGAAUGGCGGCAGAGUUCCAGUUCUGGUUCUCUCCCAAUGAGUUGUUGCAGGGAUCAGCUGGCCCAUUCACAGACUGGGUCCAGUGACUCGUACAUCCUGCUAUAGCUCCUUCUGGCUGCAACCUGACUUUUUCUCCCUUUCCGCCCAUCCAUCUAUGUUCCUCUUCCCCUCUCGCUAUAACCUUGCCACUCGGUGAUGUCUGCAGUACGUCUGUUUCACAGAGCAAACUUGAGGAGGAAAAGAGUUGUACAUGGUGACGGUGGUGAUGUUUCUUUUCUCCUUUGUCAAGCGCUCAGGAGUCAAUGUUUGCAAGUCAAGGUUUUGUGGUGGAGCCAAUAUUUAGAAUUGAGAGAAAGUUCAGCUCUUUAAUUAUUUAUAGUGACAAGGCAUUACACUGUUUUGCACUAAAGGUGCUGUGUAUGAAACCUCUUGUUUAUGAUUCAAGUUCUUAAAAUGGCUUCAUUGAUGCAGAGCAGACCACAUCACACAUUCUUCAAGAGGGGUGAUGGGUGGCACAAACAGUUGAAAUUAACAGGGUUCUGCAAUUGUACUUCAGUUUUAGUUAUCGUGUGUUUUACUCGACUUCAAGUAAAAAAAAAAAAAGCAGUGAACAGUUAUCGUUGUUUUGUCACCCAAGCCGUGAUGCAAUAGCCUUUGACUUGUUUUUACACCACUUACAUUGAGUUUUUAUUUUUCUAUUUUGUUGUAUUGUUUGUUUUCUCUCAUCGUUUCACACCAGACACAAAAAAAACCCAUCAAGUUCAUUUGGAAAGUGAAAAUACAGAAAAACUGAGAUUUGAUCAUGUAAUUCAGACCUGCCUCAACAUGUUACGGAUUUGGUGAUAAUGAGUAUCCACCUCUUUGUGCAUAAAAAUAGACAUGCUAAUGACACAUUUAAGUCUCUCAUAUUCCACUUGCCGCUAUUCUCCAAACUCAUUGAACUUGAGGGACCUUAAACAUUUCUUGGGAGUGUAAAUAUGUGUGACAUAAACAUGUACACGCCUAAUUGGACCCUAUGUGGAGCCUUCAUUAUCUUAGCAUUAGCCGAAAGCACAUGAGUGUGAAUGAUAGGUGAAACACAUUGCUUUGGAGCAGAGCUAACUUGGCAGGUACAGGUGGAUUCAGCAGUAGGGAAGAACCCAAUUAGUUACUGUUAACAAUGGGUGUUACUGCUAUCAGUGUGGAUAUAAUCCUGAAGCUACAGCAUAAUCAAAAAACAGACAAGACGACCUCAGGACAUAUGCAAUCAAGAGAAACGGGGAAAACAAUACAUUAUCUUUCCCUAGAGACCAUUAUUUUAGCUUUAGCUGCUCCAUUUGCAUUCCAUUUUUCCCGAAAGACAAUUCUGGCCAGCGGUGCAUUAUACAUGAGGCACACUUUGGGAGGAUUCUGUGGUUCCAUUGCUUUGUUCAUGAAUAGAUACAUGUCCAUAAGGACAUUCUUUAUGUCUUAGACGCUUUUUGCCAACGGAGAGGAAUGGUUAAAGUGGCCAUCGUAGAAAAUCACCUUUUGCUUCCCUCUCCUCUCUGAUCCUGUCUUUAGCUCAAGUUCCCGACAAUGACGAGCAGUUUGUUCCAGACUUCCAGACUGAAAACUGUCAAUUGAAUCGCAAGAAAAGUCAACUGAAAUAUUUUCAGUUACUGAAACACAAAAUGUGGCAUUCCACGGACUGCAGCUGAAGAUCAAGAAGGAGCCCCACAGCCCGUGCUCCGAGCUGGGCUCCACCUGUAGCCAGGAGCGGCCCUUCAAACUCCACUAUGGGGAGAAGUGCCUGUACAACAUCAGUGCCUACGAGCAACAGAAGCACCCGCCAGGCAUGAAGCCCUCCAGCCCAGCGACGCCCCCCUGUAGCACCCCCGUCUCCCCACUGCACCAUGGCUCCCCCACAGGCGCCCCCACUCCAAAGCCAGACAGAACGUACCCCCACCUCCAGCCCUCACAGGCCCCCUCUGACAGCCCCUACUCAAUGGACCACAGAUUUCGCCGUCAGCUGUCGGAGCCCUGUCACUCGUUCCCCUCCCCACCAUCGAUGUCUCGGGACGGACGGCCAAUGUACCACAGACAAAUGUCUGAGCCCAAUAUACCGUUCCCCCCGCAAAGCUUCAAGCAGGAAUACGCCGACCCACUUUUUGAGCACCCAGCCAUGGUGGGGGCACCGAUCCCUCCUACGUACCCCCCCUCCAUGAUGAUCAAACAGGAGCCUAGAGAUUUCACCUAUGACUCAGCAGAAGUGCCUAGCUGCCAUUCUGUGUACCUGAGGCAGGACGGCUAUCUGGCUCACACCAACAGGACUGAAGGCUGCAUGUUCGAUAAAGUCACGAGACAUUUCUACGAUGACACCUGCGUGGUCCCCGAGAAGGUUGAAGGGGAUAUAAAGCAAGAGUCAGGCCUUUACCGCGAAGGUCCAACCUACCAGCGCCGAGGCUCUCUGCAGCUCUGGCAGUUCCUGGUGGCUCUUCUGGACGACCCAUCUAACUCUCACUUCAUUGCCUGGACCGGCCGGGGCAUGGAGUUUAAACUUAUCGAGCCGGAGGAGGUUGCACGCAGAUGGGGAAUCCAGAAGAAUCGUCCAGCUAUGAACUACGACAAACUCAGCCGGUCGUUACGUUAUUAUUAUGAGAAAGGCAUCAUGCAAAAGGUGGCAGGGGAGAGAUACGUAUACAAGUUUGUGUGUGACCCCGAGGCCCUGUUCUCCAUGGCAUUCCCCGACAACCAGCGGCCGGUGCUGAAGACAGAUGUGGAGCGACAGAUCAACGAGGAGGACACGGUUCCGCUGUCCCACUUUGACGAGAACAUGGCCUACGUGCAGGAGGCAGUGCCCUACUGUAACCCCCCACACCCGUACAGCGAGGGCUACGUUUAUUAACACAAGGCCCCCCCUCCACCACGCUGAACUGCAAUGUACUUCACUGCCGCAACGAGCGGGACAAAGACUUAGGCCUCCAGAGGACCCCGGUCUCACACAUCACCCCUUUUCUCUUUGGCUUUGUGACAUCCAAGUCGUACUGCAGGAUGUAGAGUGCACUUUAUGGACAGGGACGGACUGGCUGUGUGUUGAACCUGAGGGAGCUAGUAGCUACAUAUUUGGGUUGUUUGAGACGCUAAUGUUGAUAUUUAAGGGGGGAUUUUCUUUCCCAGCAUGCCGUCAUCACAUGAGACUGGACACCAAGGCCAGCGGUCAUGUAUGGACAUAUUCCGUGGAGGCAGGUGAGUCCUCAGAGCAUUGGAAAAAAAAAAACAGCCUAACCUUUUCCACAGUUGCAGGAAGCAUUCUCAAUAAUUUGUUUUGAUCCGUUUUGUUCAAUUGCCCUUUUAUUUCCAUCAUGUGUACUUUCUUACUAAUUUAAGUGAAUAAUACAGUGUAUAUGUAAUGACAUGCUUUUAAAAUACUUUUAUGGUGAAGUGACAUAAUUCUAGACUUGAAACAGUAAUGUAAUAAUAAAACUCUUAGUUGACAUCUACUUGCUGCCUUGUUACCAAUUUUAAACCUGCACCUCUGUCAGCCAAUACUGAGUGCCCCUGUUGAAAUUCGGACAAAAACAUAUGGAAACCAGAACAUCACCAGGACAUGAACAAUGCAAUCACAUUGAACCCAUAGCACAUGUUGUCAUUAUUAAGGCACACAUUUUAAUAAUCGAAUAGACAAAUAAUGCAGACAUUGUGUCAUUAUUAAUUUAGCUUUUAUAUUUUUGUGAAUAUCACACCAGCAGUAAACUUAGUGAAUUAAAUAGUAACAUUAAGAUUUCAUUCUCAUUUGUCCUAUGUUAGAUGACACAAUACCAAAUGUAUACUUUUUUGUAUAUCAAUAAUGUGUAUUCAUUACACCAUGUCAAAACGUAUCUGUAAUUUGAUAGCCACAUUGUUAUGAAUUUAUAAAACAAUCAUUAAUUGAAAAUCCUAUCCAGUGACAUAAAUUUCUUAUUUUAAAUUGACUGUAAAUUAAAUUUCAACCAUCAGUGAGGUUGCCAUCAGUGAGGUUGCAUUUUCAUUAAAAAAAAGGUAUGAGAAAUAUUUAGACUUUUAUAGUAUUACAAAGAUCCAUGUUAUAUCUGAACUAGUGUUUCCUUGUGUAAUCAGGUAAAUGCACAUUGGUUGCUGCUUCUAAUUGUAACUGUCAACUUAUAUUCGAAAAAUAAUGGCAGCUGCAGUCUGCAAUUUUGCUUUUUGUUUAAAUGUUUUGUUUGAUCACAUGUUUUUUUAUUCAUGAAUAAAAGUAAGUAGACACAUUAGAUUCCUGUUCAAAGUAUAUAGGAUAGGGAUGGGAUUGGCAAUAGUUAAAAUUUUGUAAUAAAAUAGCGCUGAAAAUAGGUCAAUGCCUGAUUUUCACCUGUGAAGAUUAUAUUUAUUUUCAGUAUAAUAUUUUAAGAUCUCUUGGUGUCUUAACAAGUAAACAUGUCUACAGAGGAUUUAAGCAUGUGCUUUUGGUCAAGCUACAGUACAUGUCUGGGGCAACUGCAGAAUUUUAAAAUUACAUGUUUGUGGUCAUUUCCACAGCACAUCUUGUUGCAUAAAAUUUUUUGUUUUAAAAAAACAUGUCACUCAGAGAGGAUAAAACCUAAUUCAUAGAUUCACUGACAGACACAUUUAGCCCAGUCUAACCAAGCCUGUGUGUGUCGUGUUAGUGAAGUGAAAUGGAGAAAAGGCACACGUCAAUUUCCAGGUUGGUAAGGAAGCCCCCUACUACAAAGCAUUUAGCCAAAGUGACACCUAAAGAAAAAUCAAUGUCUAAUUUGAGACAGUAUUGUUUUUCAGUGUUGGACAACUGUUUGUGUCUUUUAUUCCUAGUCUUAAAAGCUGGAGUGUCAGUAAUGAAAAAGUAACACUGCCUUAAAGUUAUUAUUGCCUUGUGUAAAGUGUCACUAUCUCUAAAAAAUCAAUGGCUAAUUUAAGGAGGGAUUGUUUAAUUGGUUUCACUGGGAAAAAAUGAAAACGGAUGUGUAAGUAAUGAAAAAAAACAUGGCUUGCCUUAAUUUGUCAGGCCAGGUUACAAGCAAACCCUAUUAAAGGUCCUACUCUUA